AAAAUCGCAAAAACCAUUUGUUCAUAAACUAUUAUCCCACUGUGGAUGUGGGAUAAUUUAUUGUCUAGAGGCUAAAAAUCUUCUCUGUUUAUUUACAGUUGCAGACUGAGAGUGUGACUAAUACAUAAAUACAUUUCUUCCGAUUGAAUCAAAGAUCGCCCCAAUCGAUUCUUCUUCAGGUGUCGUUUCGAGGACUGAACUGUGGCCAUUGGGUAUUUGUGAAUCCAAAUGUGUGUUGUAAAAGAGAAGAUUUAUACACACUAGUAUAGCAUUAUACACAUAAUUUCAUUUUGCUGGGUGUGGAGGUAAAUUAGAAGCAAUCAAAAUGAUCCUAAGCAAGCCGCUUGUUUUGACUUACCUCUACCUUUUAGUCUACAUUCUGCUCUCUUCCGGUGUUAUUUUGUAUAACAAGUGGGUUCUUUCUCCAAAAUAUUUCAACUUUCCUUUACCCAUUACUCUUACAAUGAUCCAUAUGGCAUUUUCUGGGAUGGUAGCCUUUGUUCUUGUUCGUGUAUUCAAGGUUGUUUCUCCGGUGAAUAUGACUUUUGAAAUAUAUGCAACAUGUGUAGUACCAAUAAGUGCCUUCUUUGCUGCAAGUCUUUGGUUUGGGAAUACUGCUUAUUUGUAUAUUUCGGUGGCCUUCAUCCAGAUGCUUAAAGCUCUAAUGCCAGUGGCGACUUUUAUCAUGGCUGUUAUGUGUGGCAUUGAUAGAGCAAGAUGUGACGUGUUCUCCAACAUGUUGCUGGUCAGUGUUGGAGUUGUCAUCUCCUCAUAUGGGGAAAUUCAUUUUAAUGUCGUCGGGACAGUUUACCAAGUCACUGGCAUCUUUGCAGAAGCACUAAGGCUGGUUUUGACCCAAGUUCUUCUUCAGAAAAAGGGCUUGUCCUUAAAUCCUGUUACCAGCUUAUACUACAUAGCUCCAUGCAGCUUUGUCUUUUUGUUUGUGCCUUGGUAUUUACUGGAGAAGUCUGAGAUGGAGGUUUCACAGAUUCAGUUCAAUUUUUGGAUCUUCUUCUCCAAUGCUCUUGCUGCAUUAGCUUUGAACUUCUCGAUAUUUUUGGUUAUUGGUAGAACAGGAGCAGUCACCAUUAGGGUUGCUGGUGUCCUAAAAGACUGGAUACUGAUAGCCCUUUCGACCGUCAUAUUUCCUGAGUCCACAAUAACCGGGCUGAAUAUAAUUGGUUAUGCAAUUGCACUUUGUGGUGUUGUCAUGUACAAUUACUUGAAGGUCAGGGAUGUACGUGCCUCUCAGCUGUCUGAAACUUUGCCUGAAAGACUAGCAAAGGAUUGGAAGUUGGAGAAGAAGUCAUCUGAUUUAUUCACACCCAACAACAACGGUGAUAAUAAUGGAACAGGUAGCGGAGGUGGCAUUUCUUCUGAUUUGAAGACCGACGAAGAAGCUCCUCUAAUUUCAUCGAGGCUAUCGCACAUAGGUCGGUCACAACUUGGCAACCACGCUGCAUGAUUAUUUUUUGAUGCUGUUCAACCGUAGUUUUUGGAAAUUUUACAUCCUGAAAGAGAAG